CUUUUCUCGGGACACGGCGGGAGACGCUGCAGAUCUUUGCCAAGGGAUCUGUUUGACACCAUCUUGCUGAGAGGCGCUUGGGCGGAUCUGUUUGACCACGCAUCAGCCGAAGGCUGCUGCUUUGCUGAAAUCAGGCGUUGGGCGAGAGAACACCAGGCUGUUGGGCGAGGCAGGAGUAGACCAUGAGGGAGAACGAAGGCAAGCGCAGUGACCACAAGAGAGGCCUGUGUGUUGUCUGCACAGGGGGUGGUUUCACCUUCUGAUUGUCUGCUUCUCUCGUGGCUGUGGUGUGUUGCUUGUGUAUGUUCAGCGAAUGGCAACACAACACCCGUCCACUCCAACCAGAAGCACAAGGAGAUAGCAGAGUUGACCAAGGCGAGUCUGCCGCCUCCCCAGCCGCUGCCGUCCAAGGGCAGCGAUGAGGGCGGGGAGGAGAUGGCCACACUCACCCUGCCAGACGGCCGCACACACAAGCUGCGGGUCCUCAAGCCGACCUGCGGGUGAGCAAGGCGGGCUGACAGGCAGAAAGGCACGGGUGGAGCAUCAAUCAUGGGCCUUUUGUGUGUGUGUGUGUGUGUUUGGCAGGAAUCAGACGUUCAUUGACAUAAGAGAUUUGCUUUCCGCGACCAAUGCUGCCACAUUCGACCCAGGUGAGGUCACACACACACACACACACACACGCCUCUGCUCUGCCGCUGGAUGGAUGGGUGUGCUGUUGUGUUCGGUUGGUUGUCCCAUCAGGUUACAGCUCGAGCGCUUCGUGUUGCUCUGCGAUAACCUAUAUCGAUGGCGACAAAGGCACCUGCCUGUACCGAGGGUAAUAGGGUCACAGGGACACCCAAGACAGGCGGGCAGGCAGGCAGGCAGGUACCCGGCAACCACGAUGUGUCGGUUUGUGUGUCUGUCUGUGUGUCUGUCUGUCUGUGUGUGUUUCCCAUCCACUUCAGGUAUCCGGUGCACGAGCUGGUGGAGAAGUCCCACUUCGAGGAGGUAGCCUACCUGCUCAUGUACGCGCGCUCUGCACGAAGGAACCACACGCACGCUCGCAUGAUGGCGGGACGGACGGACGGACGGAUUAAGUGUGCUGUGUGUGUGAUUAGGUACGGGGAGGUGCCCGCAGAGAACGUCAGGCUCAUGUUCGAGAAACAGGUCACCACCGAAACACACGACAAAGCGAGAGGCGCAUCGACAUUCUGUUGUGUGCUGGUUGUUGGUGCAGUUGAAGUCGGAGAUGUUGGUGCACGAAAGGCUCAAAAACUUCUUCACCGAGUUCCUCACUGGUACACGGAGAAGGACGAGAUACAUUCACGUGGCCCGGUAUAAACGUGCCGCUACUCCCAUGCAGGUGCUCACCCCAUGGCGAUGCUCGCGACUGUCGUGGCCGCUCUGUCGUCCUUCUUCGUCGACCCCAUGGACCUCAACGACGCCGAAGAGCGAGAACUCGUAAGCGAUGAGGAGGAGGCAGGAGAAAACCCCUCUUUGAUUCAUUCUUAUCUCUGUCGUCCGUCUGUGUGUGUUUGUCAGGCCAUCAUCCGUCUGAUAGCCAAGAUGCCGACCAUUGUCGGCAUGUGCUACAAGACAGCAGUGGGCGAGCCCUUCAACUACCCGCGGGUAACCUGCCCGCCGCCAAACAGACACACAGACACACACCGCAGUGGUUCUCGGCCUGUGUGUCAGAUGCAUAUGUCGUUUGCCGAGAACCUGCUAUACAUGAUGUUCGCGAGGCCCCUCGAGGAGUACACCGUCGACCCCCUCCAUGCCAAGAUCGUCGAUGCGUUCCUCAUUCUACACGCGGACCAUGAGCAGAACGCAUCGACGAGCACCGUCAGGACGGCAGGGUGAACAACACAUGGAGCGAGGGCGGGGGGCGAGGAGGGAGGGAUCACAAUGCUCCCUGUGUGUCGGUCUGUGCUGUUGUGCAGGUCGAGUCGUGCGAACCCUUACGCGUGUGUUGCUGCGGGCAUCACGGCGCUCUGGGGCCGUGCUCAUGGCGGGGCCAACGAGGCCGUCAUCAAGAUGCUGAAGGAGAUUGGCGAUGGUGAGCGGGGAAGCGUCGAUGCACAUGCACAGCGCAUUCGCAUUCCAUUAGCUCCCUCUGUAUGUGUCCGUGUGCGUGUCUGUCUCAGUGUCAGGGGUGCCUGACUUCGUGCAGAAGGUCAAGGACAAGAAGGUGCGGCUGAUGGGCUUCGGCCACCGCAUCUACAAGGUAAAAGAGAUGAUUGGCGUGACCCACUGACAUGAUCGAUGCCCUGCGGUCUCUGUGCGUGUCGUCAGAACUACGACCCCCGUGCCAUUGCCAUGCGAGGACUCUGUCGCCAGUGAGCUUCCCCCUGCACAUCGGCACCUCCAAAGAAUCACCCUGAUGUGUCUGCCUUUGAUGUAUGCCCUUUGCUCAGAUUGUUUGAGGCCGGCACACAGAGGGACCCGCUGUUUGACCUGGCCAUGGCUCUGGAAGAGGUGAGCUGACACACGGAAACCCCACAGAAGGGCGUCAUUGCAUCGUGGCUCCUGCGUGGGUGUGUCUCUCUGUGUGUGCAGGUGGCGUUGUCCGACGACUACUUCGUCAAGCGCAAGCUCUACCCGAAUGUACUGUACUCGUCUGUGUGCCCUCCCUAUCUGCAUGCAGCCACGGACUGAAUUGCUAUGGUUGUGGGUGUGUCGUGGUGAUCAGGUCGACUUCUACUCGGGCAUCGUGCUGCGGGCCAUAGGCAUACCACAGGAGAUGUUUACCGUCAUGUAAGCAGGCCCAUGGAUGAGGAAGCCUGCCUGCAGCAACGGGAGAUGUGGUCGGUCGGUUGUGUCGUCUGCAGGUUUGCCCUCGGCAGGACCGUGGGCUGGCUGUCGCACUGGAAGGAGGUCGGCCACAGAGACACACACACACAAAUGACACGGGCGACACAUCCGUGUGUACGUUCAGAUGAUCCAGGAACAGCAAAUGAAGAUAUGCCGCCCACGACAGCUCUACGUCGGACCAACGGUGAGUCUGUGUACUGAGGUAUCCAAUGCCCAAGGCCCACGAACGACCCUGUCUUUGGUUUGUUUGUGUUCCAGGAGCGUGCGUACAUCAGCCCGGCAGAGAUAUCGGCUGAGCGUCUGCGUGCCCCGUCGCCCCCGCCCCGCUCAGAGCCCCAGUCAGAGGAGUCGGUGUCAAUCGCCAGGCAACCAUCCGACAUACCACGACACAGAACAAAGGUCAGCCACACAGACAUCCCCAUGUUCACAAGGAGAGCAGCUGACCCUUGUGUGGUCUGUCUGUCUGUCUGUCAGGUGGUCAUCGAGGCGCCGAGCAUCGAGAGCGAGUACAUCAACGAGUUCAUGCCCACAGGUACGUACAUGCGAACAGCCAGCCACACACACACAUACCCACCUGUGUUUGUUAUAUGUGUCUUACGUCUGAUAUAAUAUCUAUGUGUGCAGAGACCGAGAUGUCCAAGCAUUUCGAUUUCCACAAGGUGCAGGCGAUGGUGGUGAAGCGGCUGUCGUCGGACAGACGGUCAACCCGAGGCGAGCCACUUGGGUCCCCCUUCCCCUUCAUCCGCCAGUCGGAGUCCGAGUGGGAUGAUCACCAUUUCAACCCAGACGACCCGGCUCCACAGACGCCCACCAGCAGGGAGCGUCUGGACAGUCUGUCCAUGCUCAGCUCGGGAUCUGCCGGCGGCUGAUGCAUGUGGGAUCAUAGGUGCUGGUCGUGGUGGUGAAAAUGUCUCGCGUGCGUGUGGAUCAAGUGCUUUUUUCCCUGUAACGGGACACACGGGUGCGUUCAUGUGUGUGGGGCGGUGUUUCUUCUGUGUAGUCGGUAGGCGGGCUUGCUUGGGUGUAAUGUGGUGCGGUGAUGGUCGGCUGG